AUGGUCUCCGACGACAUCAAGAUCAAGCCAUUGCAACGGCACAAGGUAUGCGUGAUCGGGGCGGGUAUGGCCGGGCUGGCGUCGGCCCGCGAGCUGCGGCGGGAGGGCCACGGCGUGACGGUGCUGGAGCAGAGCGGCGACGUGGGCGGGCAGUGGCUGUACGACCCGAGGGUCGACGGCGACGACCUGCUCGGCGCCGCGGAGCCGCCGGUGAAGGUGCACGGCAGCAUGUACGCGUCGCUCCGCCUGAUCAGCGCGCGGGAGAACAUGGGGUUCACCGACUUCCAGUUCGCGCCCAAGGACGGCCUCGACGGCCGCCGCUUCCCAGGCCACCGCGAGGUGUACCUCUACCUCAAGGACUUCUGUGACGCGUUCGGGCUCAUGGAGUCCGUCAGGCUCAACACCAGCGUCGUCCGUGUCGCCCCGGCGGCGGGCCCGACGCUGCGGUGGACGGUGAGGUCCGUCGAUCUCGGCAAGUGCGAUGGUGAUGGUGCCGGGGAGGUGGAGGAGGAGGAGGUGUUCGACGCCGUGGUGGUGGCCAACGGCCACUACUCGCAGCCGAGACUGCCGAGCAUCCCAGGCAUGGAGGCGUGGAGGGGGCGGCAGGUGCACAGCCACUCGUACAGGGAGCCGGAGCCGUUCCGCGGCGAGGUGGUGGUGGUGGUCGGGUGCGGCGAGAGCGGCAAGGACAUCGCCAUGGAGGUGCGCAGGGUGGCGAAGGAGGUGCACCUCGUCGCCAAGUCCAUGGAGGAGGUGACCCAGGGCCUCGCCAAGGUGCUCGCCAAGCACAGCGCCAGCCUGCAUCUACAGCUGCACGUGUUUGCGCCUUGGUUCUUCGAGGCUCAGGCGAAAUGGGUGGCGCAGGUGCUGUCCGGCAAGAGGACGCUGCCGCCGGAGGAGGAGAUGAUGCGGUCCGUGGAGGAGUAUUACCGCGCCAGGGAGGUCGCCGGCGCGCCCAAGAAGUACACCCACGACGUCAGCUUGUUUGACACCACGUACAUCGACGAGUUCGCGAGCAAGUACUGCGACUUCCCUGGCGUGGAGAAAUGGCGUUACGAGCUGCUGGUGUCGUCGUUCGUCAACAUGCUCGACAACCUCGAGACCUUCCGCGAUGAGUACGAGGACAGCGACACCAUCCGCAAGGGUGUGGAGGAGUGGCACUUGUCUGCACAACAGGCCCAAGCUGCUGCUACGAAAAAACAAUCACUUGGUCUUCUCGAACAUGUAGAGUGA